UUCAGGAGUGAGUGAGCACAAGUGCACAAGACAAUCCCUGGAAUCAAUCAGCCUCCGAGACAAGAGGGCCACCCCCACCUCCCAUUCUGUUUUCUUGGAUUCCUCCCUGUCCUGCCACAGCCCAUAAUUUUUUUUCAAACUCCUGACACUGCCCCCCUCCCAUCUCUCCUCCACCCCCCUAUUAACUCUUCUUCCUCCUUGCCCCCCAUUUGGCCCAUCCGAGCAAGCGACUGCUUGAAUUGCUUCCUGGCUUCCACCCCAAUGUGCCCUAGAGCGACGGCCCAGCACGGCGGCGCGGAGAUGGGGAGAGCGAGCUGUACCAGUUUUGCCGCUGCUAGCGCGCACUCGUUUGGGGAGGAGGAGUACAUCGACCUGGAUCUCAGUUCUUGCGGGGAGUAUGAGUUCCGGGUGUGCCGGACCAACAAAGCGGCGGCUCCCUGCGCGGACGAGCUGCUCUCCCGGGGCAGGCUCCACAAGGUCGCGCCGAGGCCGUCGGGCAAGCCGCUUGAUCCUGACGCCGCCGCGGCCUGCGGCGGCAGCGGCGGCGGCAGGAGGAGCACUGCCACGGUCGCACCGCUGCAGCAGCAUCCGCAAGCCGGGGGGAUUCGCUGUCUGCAGCCGGCUGCGGAGGGCUCCCGGCGGAAGAAGCCCGGCAAGGCGGCUGUGCACGCGAAGCUGCAGGCGUCGCGGGCCUUCUUCCGGUCCCUGUUCGCCAGGACCUCGUGCUCCGACAAGCAGUGCCACCGCGGAAUCGGCGUUCGGUCCGCGAGCACCGGCCGAACGACGAGCGGCAAGGCGGCAUUUGGGCAAAUCAAGAGCAGCUGCUACAGCGUCAGCGGCGGCGGCGCGGCUCCGACCACGCUGAGGAGCAGCAUCGAGCAGGAGAAGCUGAUGGACGAGGAGGAGCUCUCGGCAGCCAGCAGCAGCAGCCGCCAACGGAAGUCCUUCUCUGGCGUGAUCAAGUGGCGUCCGGCAACGGCAACGGGGCCGCCGUCGAAGUCGAACCCCGCGCCGGCUUGGGCGUCGACGACGACGAGGAGGAACUCGUCGGGGGAGCACGGCCCGGCGCUGAAGCGGAGCAGCAGCUGCCGGUCGGAGUCGGAGGGGCUCAUCCAGGGCGCCAUCGCCUACUGCAAGCGGUCGCAGCAGCAGCGCGUGCUCGCCAGGAAGAGCGUCAGCGACGCCGCCCUCUGCUCCUCCCGGCCCUCCUAGGUCCUAGCCAACUCAGCUCAGCCGUACUGUGUAGUCCCCAUAGACUAGGACGUGUGCAUGCAAAAAUUGUCUGGAAAAUGAUCACCACAACAAUAAUGUGAAGUGCCUCUUUCUUUCCCUGUACCA